GGCAGCGCGCGCCUGGCUGGGCCCUGCGGAGCGGGAGGGACUGAGCGAAGGAGUGAGCGGAGCGGCCGUCGCCCGAGCGGAGCUCAGCAGCCAGCCCGCCUGCCCGCCGCCCUCCAGCCCGCGCUCCAGUCCGCAGUGUCUAGCAGCGGGGCCCAGCAUGGUCAUGGCGGAUGGCCCGAGGCACUUGCAGCGCGGGCCGGUCCGGGUGGGGUUCUACGAAAUCGAGGGCACGCUGGGCAAAGGCAACUUCGCCGUGGUGAAGCUGGGGCGACACCGGAUCACCAGGACGGAGGUGGCGAUAAAAAUAAUAGAUAAGUCUCAGCUGGAUGCAGUGAACCUUGAGAAAAUCUACCGAGAAGUACAAAUAAUGAAAAUGUUAGACCACCCUCACAUAAUCAAACUUUAUCAGGUAAUGGAGACCAAAAGCAUGUUGUACCUUGUGACAGAAUAUGCCAAAAAUGGAGAAAUUUUUGACUACCUUGCUAAUCACGGCCGGUUAAAUGAGUCUGAGGCGAGGCGCAAAUUCUGGCAAAUCCUGUCUGCUGUUGAUUACUGUCACGGUCGGAAGAUUGUGCACCGUGACCUCAAGGCUGAAAAUCUCCUGCUGGAUAACAACAUGAAUAUCAAAAUAGCAGAUUUCGGUUUUGGAAAUUUCUUUAAAAGUGGUGAACUGCUGGCAACAUGGUGUGGCAGCCCCCCUUAUGCAGCCCCAGAAGUCUUUGAAGGGCAGCAGUAUGAAGGACCACAGCUGGAUAUUUGGAGCAUGGGAGUUGUUCUUUACGUCCUUGUCUGUGGAGCUCUACCUUUUGAUGGACCGACUCUUCCAAUUUUGAGGCAGAGAGUGUUAGAAGGAAGAUUCCGGAUUCCGUAUUUCAUGUCAGAAGAUUGUGAGCACCUUAUUCGAAGGAUGUUGGUCCUAGACCCGUCCAAACGGCUAACCAUAGCUCAAAUCAAGGAGCAUAAGUGGAUGCUCGUAGAAGUUCCUGUACAGAGACCUGUUCUCUAUCCACAAGGGCAAGAAAAUGAGCCAUCCAUUGGGGAGUUUAAUGAACAGGUUCUGCGAUUGAUGCACGGCCUUGGAAUAGAUCAACAGAAAACCAUUGAGGCUUUGCAGAACAAGAGCUAUAACCACUUUGCUGCCAUCUAUUACUUGUUGGUGGAGCGCCUGAAAUCACAUAGGAGCAGUUUUCCUGUGGAGCAGAGACUUGAUGCCCGCCAGCGUCGGCCUAGCACCAUCGCCGAACAAACAGUUGCCAAGACACAAACUGUGGGACUCCCAGUGACGGUGCAUUCACCAAACGUGCGAGUGAUGCGAUCUGCCCUCCUCCCACAGGCAUCCAACGUGGACGCCUUCACGUUUCCAGCAUCCGGCUGUCAGGCGGAAGCAGCAUUCAUGGAGGAAGAGUGUGUCGACACUCCAAAGGUAAAUGGCUGUCUCCUGGACCCUGUGCCCCCGGUGCUGGCGAGGAAGGGGUGCCAGUCCCUGCCCAGCGACGUGAUGGAGACCUCCAUUGAUGAAGGGCUGGAGACAGAAGGAGAGGCCGAGGAAGACCCCGGGCGGGCCCUGGGCGCCUUCCGGUCCACACGCGGCGGGCAGCGGCGGCACACUCUGUCGGAAGUGACCAACCAGCUGGCCGUGAUGCCCGGAUCAGGUACGCUUUCCAGGAAAAUUUUCUCCAUGAGUGACAACCCCUCCCUUGACAGUGUGGACUCUGAGUAUGAUAUGGGGUCUGUUCAGAGGGACCUGCACUUUCUUGAGGACAACCCUUCCCUUAAGGACAUCAUGUUAGCCAAUCAGCCCUCACCCCGCAUGACGUCUCCCUUCGUGAGCCUGAGACCUGCCAACCCUACCAUGCAGGCGCUGAGCUCCCAGAAGCGAGAGGCCCACAACAGGUCUCCAGUGAGCUUCAGAGAGGGCCGCCGGGCGUCAGACACUUCCCUCACCCAAGGAAUUGUAGCAUUUAGACAGCAUCUUCAGAAUCUGGCUAGAACCAAAGGAAUCCUAGAGUUGAACAAAGUGCAGUUGCUCUAUGAGCAGCUAGGAUCAGAGGCAGACCCUAACCUGGCAUCACCGGCUCCUCAGCUACAAGACCUGGGUAGCAGUUGCCCUCAGGAGGAAGCUCCUCCUCAGCAGAAGAGCGUGUCUGCGCUCCCCGGCAGCACGCACCCUCAGCUCUCCCAGCGGCACAGCCUGGAAGCCCAGUACCUGCAGCACAGACUCCAGAAGCCCAGCCUUCUGUCAAAAGCCCAGAACACCUGUCAGCUUUAUUGUAAAGAACCACCACGGAGCCUUGAACAGCAGCUGCAAGAACACAGACUCCAACAGAAGCGGCUCCUCCUCCAGAAACAGUCUCAGCUGCAGGCAUAUUUUAAUCAGAUGCAGAUAGCAGAGAGCUCGUACCCACAGCCCCUUCCCCACCAGGAGACACCGCCGCCAUCCCAGCAGCCGCCGCCCUUCAGCCUGACCCAGCCCCUGAGCCCCGUCCUGGAGCCUGCCUCGGAGCAAAUGCAGUACAGCCCUUUCCUCAGCCAGUACCGGGAGAUGGGGCUGCAGCCGCUGUCCGCCUCACCAGGUCCCCGGGCUGCUCCCCCGCCACCGCCACCGCAGCACUCAGGGGCCGCCCGGGCACCCUUACAGUUCUCCUAUCAGACUUGCGAGCUGCCAGGCGCGGCCUCCCCCGAGCCACACCGCCCCGGUCCCUGUCAGUACUCUCUGGAUGGAACCCAGCAGAGCGGCAUGGCGGCGCCGGGCUGUCCCAGGAGCUCAGGACUGCAGGAGGCCCCCUCCAGCUACGACCCUCUAGCGCUCUCGGAGUUCCCUGGACUCUUUGAUUGUGAAAUGCUGGAAGCCGUGGACCCACAGCACAGUGGCUACGUCCUGGUAAAUUAACCUCAGCG